GGAUGGGCAACUUCCACUACACUGCAUUCGACGGCAUCAGAUCCUGCAGAGAUGGAAGCCAUGCAAUGUCUAGAACAGGGGACCCAGAAGCUAGAAGAAGGUGACAUACAAGGCGCCAAAGAACUUUACAAUCGUAGUGUCGAAAUCAAGCGUAAUGCUAGCUCUCUAUUCAACUUGGGCGUCACGCAUUAUCACCUCAAGGAGUUUGACAACGCUAUUACGGCCUGGAAAGAGUCAAUAGCACUGCAACCCGCUAGUGCCGAUGCUCACACAAACAUCGCAAGCGCAUACAUAAUAUCCCCUGUUGCACGUCCUGACCUUGCUUUGCAUCAUCUCCAGCACGUAAACUGCUUAGAGAUUCCUUAUCGUAUUGCGGCUUCUCUCUCACCGGAAGACCCUGAGAUUGCUUUCAAUCUCGCCGCAGUUUUGGAAGCCACUGGGCAGCUCGAAGAGGCUCUGAAGCAGUAUAAACGUGCCAAAGAAUACGGCGUCGAGCGUGCCGCAAUGCAUAUUCGGAACGUGAGCGCAAAGAUUCUAGGUAAAACCAUAAAAAUCGCGGAAAACACGGAUAGCACGGACAGCUCAGCAAAAAAAUCAGAUUCAUAA